AUGUCUUCAGACACAACUGCUGAGAAGUCACAUAUCCAUUUGGAGCAGCGCAAGAGUCUAAUCACGCUCGAGGCUACCAUCGAUGCUCUGAUACUGCAUACACUCGACGCGUCACAACUGGAUCAACUGAACAUCAAGCGCCAGUCUAUGGCUCUCGAAAAAGGCUCGGACCUUAAGCCCCACUUCUUCGCGCCGAAAGCCAACCUCCCGCAACCUUCCAAGAAACUGAUUCGCAAAUCUGUCGAGCACCUCAAUAAUAAGGAUGCUUUUGCAGAUCCAAUGUCUCGAGUAUAUCACUUUGAAGUAGCGUGGAGUAGUUAUGCUUUUUCCUACGCGAAUUUCAGAUGUGAAAACGAGCAAUGGCGUUCGAUGAACGCCGGUGAUUAUAACUCCUUCAAGCAUUUGUACAAGUAUGACAAGCCUGAUUUUAGCGUGUUCACGAUCAUGGACAUUCCCGAAGAGCAAUCCCCACAUUUGAAAGCAGUCAUAUACAAUGGCUUGGAGGGGGAGGAUAGCACACUGUUGAUCAUUCUUCGUCUGAUGUUAAGUCGGUUGAGAAAAGUGCGGUUACUUCACCAUAACAUAGUACCGAUCUUGAUCGUGUCGUUUCUGGGCAAAAGUGCGCGUUUGUUGGAGUCUUACUUUGAUUGUGAAAGCCUUGUUCUGCGCUCUUCAGAUCUUUACGAGUUAUCUGAGCAGACAACCACAUCGAUGGUUUUCAAGGGGUUUGCGGAUUGGUUCCUCGGUGACCCAGCGGGCAAGACGUUCUAG